AUGGCCGAGAGAAGCUACAGCAAAUACUUCACUCCUCUUGAGUCUGAUCCUGACAUCUUCACAACCCUGGGUCAUCAGCUUGGCCUCGCCGAUCACGUUGUGUUCAGGGAACUGUUCUCUCUCGAUGAGCCCUGCGAUGGCAAAGUCCUGGCAUACACGCUAGCCUUUCCCACUACACCGGCCUACGAUGCUGAAAGAGUUGCUGAAGAAUUCCAAGCUGAUACCAUAUCAGACCAGUCGGACAUCGUGUUCCUCAAACAGACUAUCCACAAUGCGUGUGGUCUUUAUGCUUUGCUCCAUGCUGCUUGCAACGGGCACGCGAAGGACUUCAUAAAACCUGGUUCCGUCUUACAAAGACUGGUAGAAACAUCAGCGUCAGAGCGAUCGAGCUUCUUGGAUGAGUCUGGAGAGCUAGAGCUGCUUUAUGCAUCUGCAGCAAACGAUGGAUAUACUGCACCACCUUCAGAUCCUGAGGCCGAUGUGGAAUGGCACUAUACCUGUUUCGCGCCAUCGUUAACACUUUGCAAGCUGUACGAGUUUGACGGUGAUAGACGAGGUCCCCUUGAACGCACACAUUUAGCCGAUGAUCUGUCAGACUUUGACUCUAAAGCAAUCGGUCUCAUUCGACAAUGUUUUGAGAACGAGACAGGACAAAAGGCACACCAGUUCAAUGUCAUGGCUCUGGUAGAUGUUUCUUAA